UAUCAUUUUCACACACACCCACACACACAAAACACAUACAGACAAAAAGCCCUAAAUUUCCUGAUCUACAAAAUCCCCCAAAAUUUACCCCCUAAAAUCUUUCCAUUUUCACAAAAUCUACCCCCAAAUUUUCCAUAAAUUAUAAUAAUAAUAAGUAAAAACAAUAUAUGAAACUAUUAUGUUGAUUACCCGACAUCAUCAUCGGAAGCAUCGAUUAUGUGGAAGAUUUGAACACCAUCAAUUGAUACGACGUCGUUUUGUGUAAAAUGGUGGUUGUUGUUUAUUUACUAUCUGUAUCUAUAGGUUUUGUUAUAUAUAUAAUCAUUAGAAAUAAAUUGCGAAAAGCAGCAGAAAGGGCUGAUGAGAUCAAAAGGCUUUUAGUUUUUGCUUCUGAAGAAGCUGCCAGGGCUGAAAUUGAAGCUACUACUAAUCCGGGUUACUUUUAUAGCUCCGUUGAUUCGGUUUCGGGUUCGGGUUGGGUACCUGCUGCCCCGGUUUCCAGUUGGGUUCCUGUGGACCCGGUUUCCGGUUGGGUUCAACCGCCUCAAGCUCCGGUGAAGGCUGGAGGUUAUGAAUGUGUAGUUUGUUUUUCGCCUACUAGUACUCGGUGUGCCAAGUGUAAAGCGGUUCGAUAUUGCUCCGGCAGAUGUCAAAUUGUUCACUGGAGACAAGGUCACAAGGAUGAAUGCCGCCCUUAUGUGGCUGUGAAAUCUGUCAAAGAUGUUAAAGUUUCCAAUGAUAUCUCACCAGAUAAAAGUGCCCGUGAAGGUUUGCAUCCCGAUGAUGAUGCUAAAGUCCACUCUUAUCAACCUAAAAGUGGAUCUGUCCUCCAAUCACCUUGUGAAUCGUCAUCUGAGGAAUAUUCUACUUUCUCUACCCCUACUAGAUCUUCUGAAACCAGCUCUGGCAGUUCCGAGGAUUCGGAUACGAUGGAUUCUCAUCAGUUUGCUGAUGUUAAACCGGAGCAUGAGACUGUGGUCAGUCCAGCAAGGAAAUCUACUGCUUCAGUAAAGAUCAAUCAGAAGAAUUUUAACACUAGCGAUGAAGAUGCUCAGCCUAGGUUUUCAAGAUCAUCUUCUAGGGGUGAUGAUGGCUCUGGCAGGGCUUCGUUUUCCGAGCCUUCUACAAUCCCUUCUGAUUUUUGGAGUGGGGCACUCCCUUCCAAGAAGUCUACUGUUGAUGAACUUGAUGGAUUAGAUAGGCUUGGCUUCAGUGGGGAUGCCAAUGAGACCAUGAGCGUGUCUUCCAAAGUAACUAAAAUUGAUCAGAAAAGCUGUAUUAUGAAAGGCACAAAUAUCACACCAUCCAUAUUGAAUAACGCUCCUCUAAAUGGGCUGGGAAGUAGGAAGCCUGAUCGUGAGAUCUUAUCAUCUAAUGAAAUCUUGAUUGAUGGUCAGAAGUCCACUAGGCCACCAAAAUCUACCCCAGAAAUGAUGAAGGAAACUAAAGUUUCUCCACCUGUUACUGGAGAACACUCUCCGAUUAAAGAUUCUAAACCAGUAGGUGCUAUUCCUCCUGCAAUUCCGCAGAGGUCAAAUUAUGUGGUCGAGAACAAGAGUGUUGCUUCACCUGCAUUAAAGUCUACAAGAGUAAUCUCAUCAGCAUCCAAAACUUCUGACACUCAUUUAACAUCAUCAACCAGCAGACUUGCAUCUCAAUCUACGAAGCCUGUAGUGGUUCAUGAAAGCUCUAGAAGUGGAUUGAAGUCGAUGCAGAAAGUUAUUGACCAGUUUAAGCCCUCGAAGUUGACUCGUCCUUGUUCACCAAGGGCAGACACUGACACAGCACAUAAAUACAGUUGCAAGGGUUUGUUCUCGUAUGAAAUGUUUGUCAAGCUUUACAACUGGAAACAGGUUGAAUUGCGUCCUUUUGGCCUCGUAAAUUGUGGAAACAGCUGUUACGCCAAUGCUGUUCUUCAGUGUUUGAUGUACACACCUCCUUUAAAUGCUUACCUUCUUCAAGGAUUCCACUCAAAUGCAUGUCAUAAGAGGGAAUGGUGUUUCACAUGUGAGUUUGAAGCUCUCGUUUUGAAGGCGAAGAAUGGAUAUUCUCCACUUUCUCCCAUUCACAUACUUUCCCAGUUAGAGAGUAACGGAAGAAAUCUUGGCCAUGGCAAAGAAGAAGAUGCACAUGAAUUUUUAAGGUAUGCAAUUGAUACUUUGCAAUCAGUUUGCCUAAGGGAAGCCGGAACAAGCACUUCCAACUCUCUAGAAGAAGAAACAACAUUGAUUGGACUUACCUUUGGGGGUUAUCUAAGAUCUAAGAUAAAGUGCAUGAAAUGCGGAGGCAAAUCAGAGCGAAAUGAGCGAAUGAUGGAUCUGACUGUUGAAAUAGAGGGUGAUAUUGGGACUCUAGAAGAAGCCUUGAAUAAAUUUACAUGUACUGAGAUACUUGACGGUGAAAACAAGUAUAAAUGCAGCAGGUGCAAAUCCUAUGAAAGAGCUAAAAAGAAGUUAACAUUAUUGGAGGCUCCAAAUGUUCUUACCAUUGCAUUGAAGCGGUUUCAGUCUGGUAAAUUUGGGAAGCUCAACAAGUCAAUUCACUUUCCAGAGAUUUUAGACAUGGCUCCUUACGUGAGUGGGACGAGCGACAAAUCCCCAGUUUACAGGCUUUAUGGAGUUGUGGUUCAUGUGGACAUAAUGAAUGCAGCAUUUUCUGGCCAUUAUGUGUGUUAUGUUAAAAACCUUGAGAAUCGGUGGUUCAAGAUGGAUGACACUAGGGUAAAAGAGGUGGAUGUUCAAAGUGUCUUGACAAAAAGUGCAUACAUGCUUCUCUAUGCAAGGUGUUCUCCACGUGCUCCACGAGUAAUACGUAGCUUAUUAUCACGCCAGCACAAUGAUCCAAAAAAACACAAAAUGGCACCCUCGUUCACAUCAAGAUCUCACUCAUCUCAACCAUGGGACGUGAACCAUGAUCAUCCGACGAUACGUCACCGGACCCUCGAAGAAGAGUCAUCCUCCUCGAGUGACGGUUCAGGGAUGUUUUCAGAAUCUUGUUCUUGCAGCACAGAGAGUAGUCGCAGGGAUUCAAGCAGCAUAGAAGACCACUUUUCGUUGGAUUGGGAGAGCAGCCCUCCGUGGAGGAGCGUGCACAUGAAUUCGUCAGAUUCCGACACAUCUUCCUCCUCUUCGUUCCCCUCUCCCUUGUACUUUAGGCAUUCUCAAUUGUACAAUGAGGAUGAUGAGUGUAGAAAGGCAAGCUUUAGUAAUAGUUAUAGUGAACCUAACGUCGAUAGAUUAGGUGGGCGGCCUGUCAACCCUUUGGAAACCUCAAAACCGACUUUGAGAAGAUCAACGACUCGUGGAAGAUCAGACUGAAUCCUACAAACUGAAGAGUUGCGGAGGGACUUUUUUGGGUUGGUGGUGGGGUUAGGGGGUGGCUGUAUGUAUUGUAGUACUUUUACUGCUGUUGGCUCUGGUUAAAAACAGUUGAGAGCCAGCCUUCAACAUUUUGUCACUCUCUUCCCUUUAUAUAUAUUAUAUAUAUAUAUGGUAACAUGCUA